AUGGCUAAUACUGAAGGUAUUAUACAGUUGGAAACAGAAACUAGUAAUGUUCUUGUAGAACCAAUUAAUGAACAACAGACAACUAUUGAAUCAGUUAUUGCUGAAGAAAUACGCAUAGAAAAAGAUAAUCCAAAUGAUGAUAUUUUUACAAAUGAAACAAUUAAUAAUAUUCAUACAUUUCUUUUUGAGAUUCUAGCAUUUUUUUUUAAUUCUCAAUCGAAUUUAAUUGCUGAAUAUUGUCAAGAAACACAAAAUUGGAAUCUUAUUCAACGUUUUUUUAAUGAUCCAGAUACUCAUAUUUUACCAAUAUUUUUCUGUGAUCUUCAAGAACGAAAUCGUCUUAGUAAAGGAUCGAAUAUAGUUUUAUCACAUCUGAAUCGAUCAACUAAAACUGAAGAAACUUGUAUUAAAAUAGGAAUAGAUAAACCAUUUGAUGAUGGUGGUGUACUUUUUAUUAAACCAAAUACAAUAAAAUUAACAGAUAAAAAUUUUAAAAAUGAAUUAGUUAUUUUUUCUAUGAAUUUUGAUGAACAAAAUUUUGACUUAAUGGUGAAUCUCGAAACUGCUUUACUUAGUUAUUUACCGUCGAUAAAAAAAGCUGAAGAAUGGAAUCGAUUAAAUUUAGUCAAUGAAAAUACUGAUCGAAUAAAAUAUAACUUAAUCUAUCAAAUGGAACAAAAUGCAGAUUUUUUUCGAACAAUACAUACAUCAUUUGUUGAUUGUAUAAAAUUACAAAAUGUUCCUAUACGUUUAAGACACGAUACACAAGAAAUUAUUCAUCCGAAUUCAUUAUUACGUUUUGCACAAGAUACGGAAUUAGUUCAACAGUCAGAAGAAAUAAUUCUUGAAUGGAUAAAAGAGAUUAAUAAUUUUUAUCGAAAAAGUAUAUCUGUUCGACAAAUAAUGUCUAAUUCAGGCCCAUUAAAUGAAAUAAAAUAUUGGAGAAAACAGAUUAUACAAAUACAUCAUAUUAUGAAUCAACUUCGAUUACCUUAUAAUCGAGCAGUUAUUUAUCUACUAAAUAUUGCUGCUAGUCCACGUUCACUUGAAUGGAGAGAAAUUGAUAAAAAAUUAACACAAAGUAUAAAUGAAGCACGUGAUCAUUAUAAAUUUUUAAUGAUCGUAGCAAAAUAUAUUGCACCACUAUAUUGUAAUAAUCCGCAUGAAAUUCAAGAGAAUCUUAACAGUCUACUCAAUACUAUAGUCCUGAUUCAUUCUUGUUCAGAAUUUUAUUCUAAACCGGAAAAAAUCGCUAGUCUACUUGUUACUAUAAAUAAUCAAAUUGUAAAAAGCUGUAAAAAUUAUUUGACUAAUAAUCAUACAAUUGAUAUUCGAUUAAUUGAUACACAAGAAUUAUUAAAACGUGUUAAUCAGAUAAAUAAUUUAUAUGAAACAUGUCAAAAAUUAUUUUUAAAAAUGAAAGAAAAAAUUGAAAAUCAUUAUGUUGAUCAAAGUCAUGAACAUUUAUCAGAACGUCAUGUACUUGGUAAACUUCAUUUUCUUAAUCAACGUUUAAAUAAACUUCGUGAAAUAAUCGAAUCAUUUGAAAUUUAUUCACUUUUAUCACAAUCACGAAUUGAUGGUCUUGAACAAAUUACACAAAUUUAUAAUAAAACUCAAUCAGAUUUUUUUACAUUAAAAUUUGAUCUAUUCGAUCCAGAUAAUCAACAAUUUGAUUUAUUCUAUAAUCAGUUAAAUGAUAUUCUUUCUGAUAUUGAUCAAAAACUUUAUCAAAUAUUUCAUAAAGAUCUUCAUCAUAUACUUCAUUCACCAUCACAUAAUUCUUAUAAUGCAUUUAAAUUACUUGUACGUUAUGAAAAUUUACAUAUACCAUUUUUUGAUUCAACCGAAUUUUUAAUUGAUAUUAUUCAAUGGUAUGAAAAAGAAGAACUUGAAGUAAAUAAAUACAAAGAAUUUAUUUGA